AUCCAUUCCAAGUUAUUAGUUUGACAAUCAUGGCUGAGUAUCGGAAAUGGACAAUCCACCACUUGAUAGUGUUUUUACUCACAUUUUUCAGGUACCAGAACUUCUUGUAUUCUUAACUAUCCAACGCAUAGAUAUGAAGAAACAGUGAUAGACUCGAAGUAUUCUAUUUUCUGAACAGAGUUAACAAAUGAUCACUGUUCAGCUCAGUUUUGAACUCACGUGAUGUUCUCAAACCUCUAAAUGUACCAACCUUGUUUUAGUAUGCCUUAGCGUUGCCUUAUAAAUUCGAAUACUCAAUUCAAUCAAUUCUAAACGGUACACUGACCAUGGUGAUUACUGUUAGUUUGUCUAUCGUAUUAUGUGCAUAAUAAUCGUGGCAGUUGUAAACAACACUCCUUUUCGUAACUACUUACCCACUUUCAAGUGUUGCAUUGCUAGCUUUGUUUUCACAACCAAUGUGAUAUUAUUUAUAAACUAUAGUUAUUUUUACUCAAUCUUUUUCGGAGGGUAGCUAGAUAUUAUUACUUAAAAUUACAUUUCAUAAAUUCGAACUUUGAUAAUUAAUCAACUUAAUGGCUUUGUGAUUCAAGCCGACGGUAAAAUUUCUGCUCAGCCCCGUACGAUAUUAUGCAUUCAGUUAUUGGAUAGAGAAAACAAUGACAAAAACAAUACAUUGCCAUUGGGAAAACAGAUUUAUUUUACAAUAGUAUGGGGCUGUGCGGAAAUUUUACCAAAAGCAAAUUCAUGUACUUUCACUUUUGCUGGGCACUAGCUAGUGAAAUUAGAAUCACGACUUGAAAGGGAAAGACUUCCAUGCAACAGUCAAACACAGUCUUAUUCCCAAAGGCAAUUCAUCAUUGUUGUGAUUGUUUUCUUUUUCAAAGAACUGUAUGCACAAUUAAGUAAAAGGUUUCAGAGAAAAUCUUGCCUGUUCAACUUUAACAAGCUGUAUCACAUGAGCAUGAUGAUGUGAAUUGUUAUCUUUACAGCUAUUCCUGUUUCCAUGCUACAAGGAAAGCUUUCAGUAAUAUAAAAGAUUCAAUGCAAAAAGAAUGGACAAACAACUCUGUGACAUUGGAUCCCCCUAAGGUUGGUAACAAUGGUGUCUUUUGUUGUGAUUACAAGACAAUUAUUGUAACACUUAAAUCAGUUUUAAGCCUGAGUACAUCCUUGCUUCAUUGGGCAAUAAAUUACCUGAACUUGUUGCCAGAAUGUUGUUAGUGUCUGAUCAACAGGUAAUUUGGUGUUAAAAACUGAGUUGAAAACCUAAAUUGGCUACCCUAAAGAGUUUAAAGAGUUAACUCUUUACAGUGGCCAAUUUAUGUUUUUAACUCAGUUGUUAACAUCAAAUUACCUGUUAUACUCUCUCACUGACACAGCACCAAAGUUUCUUUAGAAACUUACCCCUUUUGUUCUAGUGUCUGAUUAAGUUUGUCAAUCAGUUGUGCAGAGAUAAGGUGAUUUCAGCUCACGAAGUAAAUUGUAGAUAUCCAGGCAUUCUAUAUAUAUAUAUAUAUAUAUAUAUAUAUAUAUAUAUAUAUAUAUAUAUAUAUAUAUAUAUAUAUAUAUAUAUAUAUAUAUAUAUAUAUAUAUAUAUAUAUAUUAUGAGAGGAAAAAAGGACGCAACUACAUUUCCCGACAAGCCUGUUUCGUGUCGUUCCGUGUGACGGUGGCUUGAUAAACGACUGAGGAUUGAAGGCAGUUACCAUUGAGCGGGCAAUUGUUCUUUUGUCGGCAGUUGCAUGUUUUGUUGGUUCCCGUGCCGUCUUUGUUGUCUUUCGUGUAAGAUGAGUGAGACAAGUGUAAGAUGCGCUUGUUGUGGUUGUCGAUGACCUGUUUGGUGUUGUUCAUACAGCUGUAACUGAUUUUGAUGGUGUUGCAGUUAAAUAUCUUGCGGAGGCUGUGAUCCUUAGGGAAAUGUUUGUCGAUUUCGACGACAACAACACCUCUGAAACAUACAUCGGACUCACAGAAACCGACUUCAAAACAAGACACAGAAAACAGUCUCAUUCAUCUAACUCUCCAUUGCUAUUGAACUUAGCAAACACAUCUGACCUCAAAAAGACAAAAUUGACUAUUAAUUUCAUGACCCGUCUUAUCAUCUAAUCUCCUAAAUAAGCUCCAGUAAAAGAUGCAACCUCUGCCUAAAAGUGAUAAUUUCAUGCCGUCUCAUCACUAAAUAACGUAACGAACUCAUAUCUUCAACAGAAACAAAGCGUUGCUACGCAACAGCUGAACUUUAAAGUUUUUAAGUUUACCACGUAUUAUGUAAAUUUUCCUAGUAUAUAAACGAUAGUCACAUGAAUAUUCUUUCAUUAAACCCCUGAAGAGUGAAGCGAUUCACCUAAACAGGCUUGUCGGGAAAUGUAGUUGCGUCCUUUUUCCUCUCAUAAUAUUUAUUACUUCUAUAUAUAUAUAUAUAUAUAUAUAUAUAUAUAUAUAUAUAUAUAUAUAUAUAUGCAUAUAUAUUUCAUUUUCAAUUAUAUUUACAAAGUCCAUAAUAGAUUUGUUUUACUAUGAAUUUCAUUGUCUUAGUUAUUAUCAGUUUAGAGAUCCUGCUUAACCAUCUUUAAAGUCCAUUUAUUUUGUGAGCAGUUCUAUUUUCUGCAUUUUUUGGUUGACUUUAUUUUUGUGUCACUGCUUAAUUGUGAUAUUUUGCUUCAGCAAAUCUCUCACAUCGCUUGAUUAAAUCAUAAUUAUACCCACUGGUUUAAAAAAUUGAACCUAUUACAGUUAAGUUGAGGUAGUUUCUCAUUGAUAGUAAAAUAUCACUUCUUGAUUUUCUGUCUUAGUUAUGGGAAGACAGAGACUUUUUCAAAGAUGAGGUUAGUAAAAUUGUAGAUACAUGCAUGUUUUGAUUGAUCUAAAUACCCAACUUUACUCUUUGACCCAUAGUGACAAGCAUCAAAUUUCUAGGAAAUCAUUUCAUCUAUGGAAAUGAUCACCUAGUAAAGAGUCACUGGACUGUUAAAAAAUCAUUCUCCUAGUCAGGACCUUAGGAAAUGUGUAAGGAGAGCAGUAUGGAGAAUAUACAUACUGAUGUUAGGAAAUAAAGUGUUUUGGAAGUAUUAAAUUUUUCAUACAAGAGUACCAUACUCUUAGUUACAAUUUGAGUUUUUUAGAUUGAUAAUAGAAUAUUGGUGGACUUACAUUCCUGUGAUAUGGUUGAUAAAUAGUUGAAGCUGUCAGUCCCAACUGUAUCAUGAAGACAAUUUAUCCUUUAACUCUGGGAAGUGAUUAAAAUGUAACUUCUCCUUAGGCUAUCCAUACAUUAUCUAGUAAACAGGUAAUGAGAAUACUCAAAUUGAUCUAUCACCAAAUUCUGGUGACUAGUUUACAAGGAAAUGUGCAACAGGUUAGAGGGGAAAAUGACCAAUGAACAAUCAGAUCUUGGGAGCUAAGAGUUAUUUACUGACUUGUGCAUUGUUUACACAGCAUUCUGCUGAACUCUUCCUUGGUGCAAUGGAUACAACAUUCCUGCUGGCAUAUGCUGUGGUAAGGAACUGGCAUUAAUUUGUUUUCAAAGGGAAACUUGAUUUGAGUAUUCGUAAUUACAGUCAAUGAAUUUAACCCUUUAACCCCAAAGAGUGGUUAGCGUCUUAUUUCACCUUACAUUAUCCUUCAUGAAUAAAAAUUAAGGUCACUAAAUUAAAGGAAAUGAUCACUGACUGAAGAAACUCUUCUUUGUGAAACACAUUUCCUUGUCAGAAUAUUAGGGUAUGUUUUGAGAACAGUAUGAAGAUUAAGCAUACAGAUGUUAGGGUGUAAAGGCCUAGGGAUAAAAGAGUUUAGCUGUAUGCUCUGUGUAGGGUAUAGAGGUAUUUAUUAGAAAAUUUAUUGUAAUAUAGCUAAAGAGGUUGUGUGAAAGUGAGAAAGUAAUCUCAUGGUAUGUUAUACAAACUUCAUGUAUUUAACAAAGGCUUUUCAAAACUCAUGGAUUUUGUUUAUUGAGAUAUUGUAUUUAGUCUGUUAAGUGCAAUUUUGUAGCAUCUCUUUUUAAUUUUGUCACUGUCCUAAGAUUGAGUGUUUUGAAAAAUUAUCUAUGGUUUGGAUUCUAAUCUUUCAUCAACUUUUUCAAGUGUGAUUAUUAUAUAUCUCAGUUAAAAUGUGGGCUAUGAUUGGUCAAUUUAGGGGACUGUAUUUCACAGUACAAUCUACUCAAUUAAAAAGGUUUUUUUAAUUGAAAUCUUUCCCCCUCCAUUUGAACCCAGAGAUAUGAUAAAUAUCUUACUAACCUCAUUUUCUCAGUCUGCACUGUAAGCACUGUUUUUGUUUUAUUGUGAUUUAUGGUCUGCAGGCUUCUCACAUUGGCCAUAAAUCUGAGUGGAAACAAUUUGGUUUGUAACUUACAGUACAGACCUCGAACUAAGUUAGUGAGAAAUAUUCAUUACAUCCCCCUUUGCCAGGUUUCCUAACCUAAUUCUCCUUCUACUUUUGUUCUGUAGGGUUUAUACAUCAGUGGUAUUUUGGGUGACAGGUUUGUCACAUUUCUUUUAAUCAUCAAUUUAGACAGUCCGUGGUGUAGAAGCAUGAAAUAUUUGAGGACAAUCAGAAAUUAAACUUGCAAGUACCCAACACUCAAUAACUAUUUGUAGGACAUGACCUUAUCGCUUGAUGAAGACUAGCAAUGUACAAGUGAAAUGUUGCAAUCCAAAUCCUAAGUGAUCACAUCAUGAGACAAACAAUUAUAUUUCUCUUUUAAAGGCACAUUGUCAAGUAGAUUUAUCAACCGUCUUUGUAAGGAAAUUAGUAAAACCAUCAGUGUCAGAUUACUGAUGUGUUUGUACCAGAGGCAACUUGUCAGGCAUUCUAAUUGUAUUCAUUUCCAUACAUGGGUAAUUACAGUUUUAAAGCUUAUUGAAACAUUGCAGUUGUUUCCAACGAAGGAACAUUACCAGAGAUAUUCAUCGACUGUCGUUGUAAGGGAAUUUCAAUAAAAAGCUUGUCAGGAAUGACACUGUAGAUUUAGUAGAAACCUUGGAAUUAUGUUUUUCUUUACAUGAACAGGUUCAACCUGAGAAAAGUAUUGGCAUUAGGAAUGUGUUCAUCUGCAAUUAUGGUUGGUAACUUGUUGAAACAAGAGUGCAUUAUUAAUUUGAAUAUGUGCAUUUUGCAACCCACGGUGAACAAAUUUCCUUAAUGUGAUGCAGUUCCUCUAGAUCUUGGUGAAAGGACUUGCACAAUUCUUAGCCCUUUAAACCCAAAGAGUGAUUAGCAUUGAAUUUCUCCCUACAAUAUCACCCCUGUAUCACACAUUAAGGUCAAGAGAAUAAAGGAAAUGAUCAACAACAAAAGAGGCUUUUGAUUGGUAAACAAAUUCUCCUUGUCAGCACCUUAGGAUAUGUAUAAAGAGCAGUAUGGAGAAUAUGCAUACUGAUCUUAGGGUUUAAAGGGUUAAGCCAUUGACCCUUAACCCUUUAACUCCCAGAUCAAAUUUGUAAUUUUCCUUACUGUCAACCAUACAAUUCUUGUAAUGUUAGUUCAGAGAAUUUAAUAUUGGAUCAACUAAUUAUCCCCAAAUUGAUAUUUUUCUUUAUUCUCAUCACUUGUCUGGUUAAUAUUGUAUUGAUAUUGUAGGGAGAAAUUCUGUCUUGGUCACUCGUGGGAGGUAAAGGGUUAAUAGUGACUGCCAUCUAAUUUCACCUUAUGUUAUUGCCCCUGAAUUAAACAGUAAGGUCAUGAGAAUUAAGAAAAUGAUCACCAACCAAAGAGGUUCUUCAUUGUUAAACAAAUUCUCUUUGUCAGCAACUUAGAAAAUGCAUAGAGAACAGUAUGGAGAAUAUUUAUACUGAUAUUAGAGUGAUAAAGAACCUGUAGGUGUAAAUGUUGGUGAUAAUUUGAUAUGUAAUAGUAAUCACUAUGAUAUCAUCAGUCACACAAUUCAUUUGAGAGACUGGUACACAACUAAAAAAAUUGUUUGCUUGUUUUUAUAUGUAACCUCCCUUGCAGCAUUAUAAUUUUUUGCAGAAUGUAGCAUUAGUCUCCAGAUAGCAUAAUUGUUUACCUAUUGCUUUUAUCAGAAACUAAUUUUGUAGCCUACAUGUAGACACUCUGCUAAAUAAAGAAAAAAAAGAAAUGUUUACAUCCUAAGUAAAAUAUAAAUCAAUCUUUUUUUCAGGUGUUCAUGUUUGGAACUGUAAGCAAGUGGAUUGGUGUUUACAACAUUUGGUAUUAUGGGGUAUUCAUGGCCCUCAAUGGUAGGCAUUCAUCAUCCAAGCUUUUUAAUCCAGAACUAUUUCUUGAUUUCUUGUUUGUGGUUCAUCUGAUGUUUUUCUUUAAACAGUUCAUUGAUACCAUAAGGAGAAAUUCUGUCUUGAUCACUCAUGGGAGUGAAAGGGUUAAUCCUGUACUAUUUCUUGAUUUCUUGUUUGUGGUUCAACUACAAACAAUUCAUUGUACUGAAAGGUUGAAAUUUUCAUUGUUAUGUUGUGCAGUCAUGCACAUGACCACAAUAAUGGUCAUGUAGAUACAGUGUAAGUAAAGUAUCAAUGUAUCACCUUUUUUUGGACUAUUUAUCUCUCAUAGUUGCAGGCAAUUAAUAAUUAUAUAAUUUUGCAGGUUUGUUCCAAUCCACUGGUUGGCCAUGUGUGGUGGCAGUCAUGGGAAAUUGGUUUGGAAAGUCAAGGUAAUCAACAGAACAAUAAAUCAUCUUAAAGAAUUUUGUUAGUUCAAAUUAAAGAAAAAGUAAGGAAUUCAACACACAAUUGUGUUAAUUUUUAUACAAACAAAAGCCAUUUAGCACAAAAAUUUGCUUGGAUAUUUGUCCUUGGACAUUGUUUGUUCCAAGAAUCAAACAGUUGUCCAGGAGCAAAGCUCAAGGAAAACUUUGAGCAUCAAAGAACAGAUAACCUCUAGGACAAAGUUGAAGCAUAUUUUCACGCCUAAUGGAGGCUCAAGUGUUAAUUAUCCUUCAAAUUUUAUUGGAACAUGUGAGAAAAAAUUUUUACAUUACAACUUACCAUUAACUGCACACCUGUCUGGUACAACUUAAUGAACAAAUAGAUGCAUCAGUUCUUCUGUAACAACAGCUAAAAACUCUCUCCUCUUUACAUAUUUGACACAAGGUUUGAAAGUUGGGGAGUAUCAUUUAGGACAUAUAAAUGGAUGCACACAGUCACAUGAUGCAUUUAGACCAAAUGCAUGCAAGCAAAACUAUUUGAUGGAUUAUAAGUGCUGUUAUCUCUAAUUGAUAUUUGGAAGGUAACUUAUGAUUUUGUUCUGUAGCCGUGGAAUUGUCUUUGGAAUAUGGAGUGCUAAUGCCUCUUUAGGAAACAUAAUUGGAGCUCUUCAAGUGAGUAUUUGAGUUCUCAUUGACAUCUUUUUUUUAUAAUAUUAAACAUUUAUGGUUGCUCUGGUUUUGGAUUUUAGAACCCAAACCAAGGAGCACUCUCAAUUUCGCAAUUGUCAAUAGAGAAAGUCAAUAAUUAAUACAAUUCUCAAUAUGAACUUUACAAACUAAUUUAUGUUUAAAAAUUAUUUUUUCAUCAGGUGGCAGCUGUACUGGAUUAUGGAUAUGAGGUCAGUAACAUAUGGAUCUUGUACAAUUUGUUUGAUGUUCUGUUAGACUUUGAAAAAUACUUAUUGACUGAGUGGGAGGGCUGCACAGGAAAAUAUUUGCCCACAGGAAAAGGCAUACAAAAUGAGGGCUGCAUGGUCUGUAAAUCAUGACAAGAGCCAAAUAUUUUCCUGUCCAGUUUGAUCAAACUCAGCCAAUGAGCAUUUUUUAUAUGAACAUUGAGUGUUGAAAAUGUUGACAAUUUUUUUUCAACUUGAAUAGGUUGCCAAAGAAGGGCACAUGGGGGACAACUAUAAAGGAGAUUCUACCUUAAAAACAUUUCCCUUUUUUCCAUGUCAAAACAAGAAUCAAAUUCAUCGAAAAAAUUAGCCUUUUUUCCUCAUUUCUAUUUGCCCUUAAGUUUGAUCAACUGAAAAGUAUCAACAUAUGAAAAUAAAAACUGAAAAAUUCAGGAAAAAUCAUUCUGUAUAAACCUUGCUAUAAUUGUAAAAUAUGUAAUCCUGUUAAUGUAUAUGAAUUGUUUUUUUCAUUGCAGUAUGCUAUGCUUGUACCAGCUGUUGUAUUAUUUGCAUUUGGCAUUUUGAUAUAUUUCUGCUUAAUACCAUCCCCAGAUGAAAUCGGUGAGUACAAACACCUAUACAAGGUUGUGAGUCAUAUAGGAGUCACUUUCAUUUUCUGAAGUGAUAAGAUCGUCAGUUCUAAAUAUAGUUAAUUAUUGUUCUAUUUAUUUGUUGUUAUAUAUGAAGUAAGCAGACACAAAGAACUUGUCUCUUCAUGUGUUGUUUCUGUGCUUUUUACUUAACAUACAAACUAUGGAGAUUUGAAUGCAUCAUUAAAAAUGCUGUUGGUCAUUAUAAAGACUAACUAGAAACAAUGUGCAGUGUUUCCUAGGGUUCAAGAGGUCAUUUUUUUUAGUUAUGACCAUUUUUUGGAUGGCAGUUAAAGAAAUAUUUGAUAAUGAUAUGACUAAGCUUACAGGUUUAGAUCUGCGCCUUAGUGAUUGCAUGUUAUACAAUGUGCAGUAAUAUAUCACAUUUUGCUGAACUUAUUACCAGCCAGGGUAGCAUAGAGGAUAUUGUUUAUUUAUUUUAUAUUUUUAAACAGGAUUGCCAUUACCAGAUGAUGACCAAACCAUAAGAGCAAGAAAUGGUUUGUAAAAACUGAUAGUGAUGUUACAUUGUGUGUAAUAAUUUUAAUUGAUCUGAAUUAAAACAAUCCAAUCUUGUAAUAUGCCAAUACAAGGACAGUAAGCUUUGAACCCUUAAACUCCCAAGAUCUGAUUCUUAACUCUCCCUGCUAGCUUCUACACAUUUCCUUGUAUUUUAGUUAUAAGAAUAUGGUGUAAGAUCAAGAUAACAACUUCUACCUGAUAAGUUUGAGUAUUCUCAUAACCUGUUAGCUAGAUAUUGUAUGGAUAUUUUAGGGAGAAGUUAUAUGUUUAUCACUUGUUGGAGUCAAAGGGUUAAUUGUGUACCAUCAGUUUAGAACCUAACAAUAUGAUUUACUAUUUCUAGUUUUUAAUGAACAAAUUGUUGAGCAAGAAGCAUUUGCCAGACAUCCUGGUGAAGGUCUCUCUCAAGUGAGUAGCAAAACUUUGCAAAAAAAAAAUAAGAUCUACUGUAGCAGCUCAUGUCCACAUAAUUAAACAUAGGAUUAAACUUUGGUUGUUCUCCUUUGAAAUUGCCCUUUUUAAUGUAAUGUUAUUGCUUAUUGUUGUGGCAAUGUCUUGUUAUUUUGCAAAUACUAUGGCAGCAUUGCGCUAAUACAGUGGAAAAGCUCUGGCAGCAUUGGCCCAAUACAGUCCAACCUUGACUAUCCAGAUUCUUGGGGACUGGACUGAGUGGUCCAGAUAAUCAUUAAAUAUUAAUAUUAAUAUUUAUAAGCCAAACAUAAAACUGGAUACAUGUCAUGUAAAAAAUUUUAAGGAGUAAUUAUGGCACAUUCAUAUAUCACUGUGUAUCAUUACAGUGUAUGUGCACAUUGCUAUUUCUAUCGUCGUUUGAAAUUGUAUGAAAGGAAUAAUGUCAACGAUGUUUUUCUUCCAUCUAUGUUAAUCACUCCCUAAAAUGUUCAUCAGCUUCAGAAAGCAGAGCAUAUUUAGUUCCAAUGGGAGUUUCAAUACAUGUGCUUUGUUUGAUUGAGGAAUUUGCUACGGAUCUCAAUUAUGAGUUAUUAAUAUUAAUUAUUAAAAAAAUGGGACCAGAGAAUUUAGUUUGGACAAUUGAAAAAUCUGGAUAAACAAGGUCUAGAUAGUUGCGGUUUGAAUGUAUUGAGGUACAGAUUUAAUCUUUGGUUGAAUAAUACUCUUAAUAGAUGGGGGAAGGAACUGCAUGGUGCUGACUCUGAGCUCCUUCAUGCUCAGCUUUAUUCUGCAACACCCAUUAUGUCUCAACUUUUUAAAAAAAAAAUUAAUGAAUCAUUGCAACUAAAUAAACUACAUUUACUGAUUCAUUAUUGCUUGCUUCAUUUUUGUAGUCAUUAUCAGCAAGCCAACAACAACAACAACAACAACCACCAAGGAAGGCUGUGAGCUUUUUCCAGGCUGUUUUAUUGCCAGGAGUUAUACCUGUAAGUUCAAUUAUUGCAAUUCUGUCUCUUAAUCUAAGAUUUCAUUCAUUCAUUUCCUUACUGUCUGCCAUACAACUCUUGUACAAGGUUAGUUAGGAGAAUUCAGUAUGGGUUCAACUAAUACUCUCCUAGAGUAGUUUUUUCUUUUCCUCAUCACUGGUCCACUUUAUAUUGUAUUGAUAUUUUAAGGGGACAUUCUGUUUUGGUCACCCAUGGAACAGAAAACAACCUCUAUGAAAAGAACAGUAACAGGCAAUUUCAUGUGAAUUGAUCAACUCCAUACUGUUGAUGUUACAUAGAGGGACAGAGAAGACCAUAAAGUUCUAAGUGAAUAGAGCUUUCAAGAAAUUGAAAAAAAUUCUCGAACAAGAGUUGGGAAAGCUUGUGUGUCUUUGUUAUAAAAACUAUAUGUAUGUCAUCUUCCCAUUAAAAAAACUAUUGCUCUUUCCUGAAUUUCAUCAUAUUUUCUUUGAUUUUAAGUGAGGGCAGCAAUUUUUAAUCAUGUUAUAUUAGAUAAUAAAUUGUUAUGGAAAAGGGUGUGGGUGCUUAUGCAAAAGGUAUAGGUGCAUAAAUUUACAAUGUAUGUACUAGAUAAUAUUUUCACUGCAACUAAAUAACAAUCUUUUUUUUUUCCAUCAGUACUCAUUGUCUUAUGCUUGUUUGAAAUUGGUGAAUUAUUCAUUCUUCUUUUGGCUGCCUUAUUACUUGUCAAACAGUAAGUUCUGUAUUUUGUCAUUUCUUGUAAAAUCUGUGGGCAAACAAUCUGUGGUAAACAUAUUGUCAUUACUUAUUAUACAAGGAUUAUCUCAGUAAUAGAUAGCACAUUAAAUUGGUUUUAUUAACAGUGUAAUAACCCAUGCAGGGUGUUUAGAAAACAUGAGAAAAGUUUGUAAACUGGGAAGGAGAGGCAAAUCAGUUACUAACUUUGUGUUCUCCUGAUAUCCCAUGUGGAUUAUUAUGCAGCUUAAACCAAUAUAAAGUGCAGUCUAUUGCUCUUAUGAAACUAAUUCUCAACAAAACACUUUUUUUUUCUUUUUUCUUUGUCCCAUACUAAUGACAAGACAAAAAGUAUCUCUCUUUAUUUCUUUACCAAGCAUAAAACUUCCCAUUUCUCUUAUUCUGUUUACAAACAUGAUGCUAUUGACAUUGCUGAUACUAGCAGUAUGCAGGACACUUGUCAUAUGAACUUUGUAAUAGACCUUGUUACAGUAAAGUCUCUAUGGCUCAGUAAGUAGAGCAUUGGAUCAUAGAAUCUGAAGGUCUGAGGUUGGAUUCCUCAUGGUUUCUCAGAAUUUUUUCUUUGUCCCAUGCUUGUGACAAGACGAAAAACAUCUUUCUCUAAAACAUACUUUGUUCCAAUUAUCAAUGGGUUUACCAGUGCAAUAUACAAUAUUUUUUUGACCAAUCAGGGUGCUCAUAGUUUAUCAGUGAUUUUACCAACAUUUUUGCAGUACUCACCAUGAGUGAUGCUGUGAAGGGCUGAACUUAAUCCUUCCUAUUUUUUUUUCUAGAAUUUCAUUGGAAGGACACAGUGGCAGACAAAAUUUCAACAUUUUAUGAUGUUGGAGGAAUUGUUGGUAAUUAAGUGUAUUUUUGAAUGCUGAUUUUACCUUUAAAAUAUCAGCCAACAUUUUGUUCGAGAAGUAAAUAUUUCCUAAUAGUGUGGUAAAGUUGCAUACAUGUAAAUUUAGGGCUUCAUUACGCAUAUUUUCUAAGGGUGGAGGUUGGAGUUAUUUUUUUUCACCCAGUCAAAAACAAAUCAACUUGAGCAAAAUCUGUAUGAAACCUUGGCAUGCUAAAGACUUCUGAAUCAACAAUCCCCUUUUUUUUUUUUUUUUUUUUUUAAUGUCAUUAUCAUGGUGCACAUAGCUUAAACAGGUUAACCAUUUGCACCUUUAUAUCAGUUAACAUAUUCUCCAUACUGUUCUAAACACAUUUCCUAAGGUGUUGACAAGGAGAAUAUGUUUAAUAUUCAAGAGCUUGUUAGGUUAGUGAUCAUUUCCUUUAUCCUCAUGAGCUUAAGCUUUGAUGCAGGGGUGAUAUUGUAGAGAGAGUUUGGAUGUUGGUGACACUCUUAGGAGUUAAAGGGUGUAGAUGAACUGGUAGUCCUAAUAAAAAAAAGUGUCAUGGUCAACAAAGGUUUUGGCAAGCCAUAUGAAUAUAGGAGGCUUCAAUUCUCUAUAUUAUGAAUUUUAAAUUGUUAUAUUUCAACACUUUCAGGUGGCGUAAUUGGAGGAUUAAUCAGUGUAAGUUUUAUCAAUUUCUGUGUUGAAAUAUUAUUUCAAAAUCAUAUCAUCAGUAAAAUAUAUCAAUCAAAUGCCAAUCCCUUGCCUUACCCUUAUUUGUGCUGUAACUGAUCAUUUUAAAUAGAUAUAUGAACCCUUAACACCCUAUCAUCAGUAUGCAUAUAUUCUCCAUGCUGUUCUCUACAAAUUUCUUGUGGUUCUGACGAGGAGAAUUUGUUUGACAAUCAAGAGCCUUUGGAACUGGUGAUCAUUUGUUUUAUUCUCUUGACCUUUACAUUUGAUUGAAGAGUAAUACUGUGAGGAGAAAGUAGAAGCCGGUCACUUUUAGGAGUUUAAAGGGUAAAAACUAAAAAAUGUGUAAAAAUCUAAAGUCGUAAGUUAAAUACUUAAAUCUAAAAUCUGAAAUUUAAAAUCCAGGAAUGAUUUAGUUAUAAUACAACUAUUUAUAAGGAAAAUAAACUAGAUAUUUGCAAGAUAAUUUAGUGUUAUCAACUGAGAUGAAAACGUAAAUUGGCCUCUGUAAAGUGUUUAAAGGCUUGUAGAGCAUGUACAUUGCCAGUCAUAAUAUGUGACUAAUACUUUAAGGGUACCCUGAUUUUUGUGUCAACAAGUAUUAGGCAUGCAUUGUUAUUUUUUGUUUCUUGUUUAACUAAUUUCUUAGGAUCUGAUGUCAAGUCGGUCCCCAUUGGUCAUUGCAAUGCUUGUGUUGUCCAUACCAAUGCUUUUCAUUUAUGGAAGUUAGUUGGAAUUUUUUUUUUUUCACUGUUAUUAUUAUAUCAUUCAUUCAUUCAGUUCAUUGAAAAGCCAUCAAGGCAUUAAGUUUUACAAUUGGUCAGCCAUUUCUUGACUGAAGUCAAAUAUAAAUUUAUAAGAUAAAAUAUUUGACAAGAGGAAUGUUUGUGGCAAGUGCAAUAAGUUUUCUUCAUGUGGGAUAUGCCUUUCAAAGUUACUAGGGGCUGUUAUCAUUUUAUUAUGAUUGGUUCCAAUCUUAAACCAUUCAUCUAACAAUGUGUCUGUAUAUAAUGGCAGAUACUGGAGGCAGUUACACACUGAAUGCAAGUUUGAUGACUUUACUAGGUUUGUGUGAUAUAUUUUGUCCUUUUUUGCAAUGGUGAUAAAUGGUGUCUUAAGUGUACGUGCUUACUUCAGAUCACCCGUGCACUCUUAACACUUAUUGCUUGAAACAUAGGAGAACACAUGCUAUUUAUGUUGUUUUUCAGUCCCACUGAUUUUAUGACAUCUCUCAGGUAUCAAUUUGAGGCCAGACCAUGUCAGCUUUUCAACACCAUUUUGGACAGACCAGAUAACAUGUAUCCAGACUCACUUCAGUCUGGAUGCCAUGGUUAGAUUUGCAGUUAAAUUGCAACCUUUGAGUUACUAUAAAUCAGAACUGCAAUCCAAGCCUCCAUUCAAUGUUUAUAUGGAUUUUAUUGCGUAGAGACAAAAAUAUUCAUUCCUAGGCGAUAUUGCAAACACAGGUUUCUAAUUCAUGGUUACUUCUAGUUUAUUUUUCACCAACUCUUAUAUUAUGCAGGUUUUAUGGUUGGCGGUCCUGCAAACUUGAUAAGUUCUGCAAUAUCAGCUGACCUGGGAAGACAGGUAAGAAGAGUUAGAUGACCUCAUCCAUUAAGAUUGAAACAUGUUUUGGGCUGUGCUAGUAUCUACUUUCAUGAAAAAGAUUUGUUGUACAGAAAAUAUUAGAACGUGGGGCUUUGUGAGAAUAGUGUCUGCUCAAUAAGUGUGUGGGCCUUGUGUGACUUGCACAUCACCAAAUGCACUUAUUGCAAAAUUGUGUGUAUUUCUGACUUCACUGCAGGAUCACUGACUGCAGGAUCAUUUUGAUACAUAGACAAUUAUUUUUUGGCAGCUCAUUCCUAUCACAAAGGUCUAAAAGACAUAAUAAUGAUAAUAAGAUAAUCAAUGCAAGGAGUGACACUGUUUCUUUAAGAUGCAUAUUUUGUGUUGUUUCAUUGCACAGAGUGCCCUUAGUGCCAACAGUGAAGCAUUAGCUACUGUGACAGGGAUUGUGGAUGGCACUGGAAGUGUAGGGGCAGCUAUUGGACAGGUGAGAAUGACUCUUGGCUGCUGGUUGAACUGUAGGUUCAGAUCAAAAAGGGUGUGAAGUAAUUCUGAAUUGACAGUCAUACAAAACUUACUUCAAAUUAUUGGUACCUGUCUAUUAAUUGGUAUAUGACAUUCUGUCCUCAGUUUGUCUAUGGCUCAUCAAAUUGCAUCAGAAGCUGAUGGGAAAUAGCAGUUUAUGCAUUAUCUUCUCUUUCCAGAAUAAUGUGCAUACCAAUAGUCAAAAGAUCGCAAAACUUUGUAUCUUUAAUACAAGAAUCCACACUUUGCAUUGACCCUUUAAAUCCCAAGUUCUAUUGUUUAUUUUCCCUGCUAGCUGCAAAUUAUUUCCUUGUAAAUUAAUUACAGGAAUUUGGUAUUAGAUCAAGACCAUAACAUCUACAUGAUAACUUUGAGUUUUCUCAUUACCUGUUUACUGGAUGGUACAUAUUGAUGCGACAGGGCAAAGUUACAUGUUGAUAACUAAUGGUAAAUAAAGGGUAGAGACAGUUUUGAGCAAGAAUGAUUUUAAAUAAGCCAUACAGAUGAUGACAGGAUAUAGAAAGCCAUACAAAGCCAUGAUAUUAAUUUGCGGACAUAAUUUUUGCAUUAUCCAAUCUUUCAGUUCCUUGUUCCUGUAAUAAACACACACGCAGGUUGGAAGCCAGUGUUCUACUUUUUAAUGGUGAUGGUAAGCAACUUGGCUUGUUUCUUUGACAGAAUCAUUGAUCAAGUGUGCUAUGCUAAAAGAUUCUUGCUACAUGCACAAACUUAAACAAGUUGCCUGUUAUCAAAGAAUAUUUUUGGAGUUGCUUUGGAGAGGUUGAGUAAAUUAAUUCAGAACCUAAGUACAGCUACAAUUUUUUGAGCUUUUGUUUUUUUGGUUAGUUUUUUUUUUUUUUUUUUUGCCAUAAAAAGUGCGGCUAGUAAUUUUUGCUCCAAUUCAUAAAACAAGUUGGAGGAGUAUUGAAUGAGUUUAUAUUAACAUUUUAACAUGCAAACACAAUGAUCCUGUCUCAAGUUGAAAGGAAACACCUCACUCACAUUCCUUGAGGUUGCACACCCCUAAUCCCUUUCAGGCAGGACACAAGGACCUCGAAGUUCUUGUUUCUUGCCAGCAAUAUUAGAUUGUGUCUUUUAACAAAGGAUAGUGUUCGGAAUUUUUCUUUAUAUCUGUUUUUCUCUUGGGAAACAAAGCUAGGCUAAUUUAGGCAACAAACCACACUUUCAAUCAGUUUACUGGCUAGUAAACUGCACAGGGUGUUGGGAGAACACAAGAAAAGUUCAUAAACCACAAGGUGUGGCUGAGUGGUUUACAGUCUCUGCAAGUGUUCUGAUCAGUUCAUAGGAUUUUCAGUAAAUGUCUGAAUGAAAAUCCAGUUCAACUGUGGUUGCAAUUUUCUUGAAGCAAAAGUAUGCCAACUUUUCCUUGUUGGCAAGCAGUUUGGGAAAUUGCAGAAGAGAAGUUCUGAAGUUCUCUCACUACAACUAUGCAGGAAAAGUAAAGGCUUAAAAUGGAGCAACCAGGUUGUUAAGCUGAAUUUUAAAUAGAAAAUUUGAUCUUGUGUGAAAAAUAAAAUCUUUGUUGUUGGUUUUGAUGCUCAAAGUGUCCUCUUAGUUUUCUCCAAACCAAAGGCCUUUACCAAAUUAAAAUCUGGGAAUUUCCACUGUGUGGCACCAUUUCAUGGGAUGGGAAGAUGUAUCAGUUUUUUAUCGUUAUACAGGCAAAUAUUUAAUAUAUUUUUGACCAAUCAGAGUGCAUGUUGUGUAUAAGGUAUGUCAUAAAAUGUUUUGUCAUUGUUUAGUUGAUUGGUUGAGCACAUAGCCCUAUCCUAUCCUCACCUUUGUUAAUAUUAUUGUGAUAAUUUUUCAUUGCUUGUCUUCAUUUGCAGACUUUUAUGAGUUUUGUUUGCCUCAUUAUUCCAAUUUUGCUCAAAUACAUAAGGUGAGAAACAUGUACCCUCUCUGUUGACCCUUUGACCCCUCAGAGUGACGAACAUCUCCCAUAAAUUCUCCUUACAGUAUCACCCCUGAAUCACACAUAAAGGUUUUGAGAAUAGAGGAAAUGAUCACAAACUAGACAAACUUUUUGAUUGAUAAACAAAUUCUCCUCAUCAGCACCUUAGGAAACAUACAGAGAACACUACAGGGAAUAUGCACGCUGAUGUCAGGAUAUAAAUAGUUGAUCAAAUUUUUUUUUAAUGUAUAAUUCUUAGAGUUUCAGAAGGUGAACUUGUAUUACACCAAGCUGAAGUAUGAGACUCAGUUGACGAUCAUGUCACAAACUACUUUAUUUUCUUUACUUUGCUUUAUGAUGAUAAUAUCCCAUUUUUCUUUAAUUCAUAGGGGAAGACGAGCAAGAUAUAGUUAUUACCAAGUUUCAGUGGGCAAUGACACUAUGGAGUACCCCCCUAGCAGGCACAUCAACACUACCCUAGCAAGUAAGUAG